CCGCUGAGCGCAGCCAUGUCGGCCGGGGGCGGCGGGCUGGGGACCCCCCGGGCCCUGCCCUCCUCCGGGCCCCGGGCUCUGCGGGACAUGCCGCACCCGCUGGCCGCUUCCAGCAGCGAGGAGGCGGCCUCCGAGCUCACCCCCAGCCCGGACCUGCUGCUGCCCCGCAGCUUCGCUGACAAGGAUCUCAGUCUGCCCAAUGGUACUCCUGUAGAUACUUCCAGCCCAGCCUCCUCCUCCUCACUGCUCAACAGACUGCAGCUGGAUGAUGACUUGGAUGGGGAAACUAGAGACCUCUUUGUCACUGUUGAUGAUCCCAAAAAACACAUCUGUACAAUGGAGACCUACAUCACGUACAGGGUUACAACAAAGACUACACGGGCGGAGUUUGACUUGCCAGAAUACUCUGUACGCCGACGGUACCAGGACUUUGACUGGCUGAGGAAUAAGCUGGAGGAAUCUCAGCCAACACAUCUCAUUCCCCCUCUUCCUGAGAAAUUUGUGAUGAAGGGAGUUGUCGAUCGCUUUUCUGAAGAAUUUGUGGAGACGAGGAGGAAAGCUUUAGAUAAAUUCUUGAAAAGGAUUGCAGAUCAUCCAGUACUUUCUUUCAAUGAACAUUUCAAUGUGUUUCUCACAGCAAAGGAUCUUAAUGUCUAUAAAAAACAAGGAAUGGCAUUGCUCUCCAAGAUGGGAGAGUCUGUAAAAUAUGUCACAGGCGCUUAUAAACUCAGAAGUCGACCGUUGGAGUUUGCAGCCAUCGGAGACUACCUAGAUACAUUUGUUCUCAAGCUUGGAACCAUUGAUAGAAUAGCACAGCGGAUUAUCAAGGAGGAACUGGAAUACCUGUUGGAACUGCGAGAAUAUGGACCAGUUUACUCCACCUGGGGUGGGUUAGAAAUGGAGCUAGCAGAACCCCUGGAAGGAGUGUCUGCCUGUAUUGGGAACUGCUGUACCGCUCUUGAGGAACUGAGUGAUGACAUGACAGAGGACUUCUUGCCUGUACUCAGAGAGUACAUCCUGUACUCAGAGUCCAUGAAGAACGUACUAAAGAAAAGAGACCAAGUUCAAGCAGAGUAUGAAGCAAAAUUGGAAGCUGUAGCUUUGAAAAAAGAAGACCGCCCCAAGGUGCCAGCAGAUGUUGAAAAAUGUCAGGACCGAGUGGAAUGCUUCAAUGCUGACCUGAAAGCCGACAUGGAGAGAUGGCAGAACAACAAGCGCCAAGAUUUUAGGCAGCUGCUUAUGGGAAUGGCCGAUAAAAACAUCCAAUACUAUGAGAAGUGCCUUACGGCGUGGGAGUCAAUUAUACCACUAUUACAAGACAAACCAGAGACCAAAUAAGAAGCUCCGUAGCCCACAGACUUCUCUACACAAGUGCACAGUACCACUAAACAACCUACUGGAGCUGUGUGAUGCACUACUUUGUUGAGAGUUACCCUGAGAAAUGCCAGCUAUGCCCAGUGUGGUUUAGACCCAUUGAAAAGCAUUUGAACUACUUCCUCUUUUUUUGUGUUAAAUUGGUAUGUUACCUCUUUUGAGUUACCAUAAUGGUUCCUUCUCCAGCCUCUGGAGUGAUCGUGAGCUUGUAAUGGAAAUACACAAGGAUCAAGUUGCUUCUUGAUAAAGAAAACGUUACCUCUUUAUUCUAGAAGGAACUAAUGAGUGGAAUACGAAAAAGAUGAGAAUAAAACUCUAAACUGCAGAGUGCCAGUAUGACAUCUUUAUUACCAUCCUCCUUGUUUGCUAAAUAAGGGUUGAUUCCCAUGAAACAGUGCCCACCAACCCACCCUUGUUUUUUUUGUGUUUUUUUUUUAAUGGAGAGGGAAUGGCCAGAAGUGGACCCUUACGAUUUGUAAACUCUCUGGAUUAAGCAAUUUUGGAGCUGAAUCUUUGUGUGGGAGUUUGGGCUGGUCCUAGAUUAGAACAUACUGACACUUCUGCAGAAAGCUCGUGAUGCAAACCUGAACUGUGAUUCAAGAGCAUGGCAUGCACUCUGUUCAUACUCAUUUGUUUACCUUUGGUGAUAUGAAGUAAUGUAAGUUGGCUGCAGGACACAUGAGAGAUUUGGGGAUCAAAGGAGGACUGGUGUGUGUGUGUGGGGGGGUGAGUUUAUGAUAUGGCCUUACAAGUUGUCAUGAGAACAAACACUAGCCUGUUAACAUUUUAUCCCCAAAGUGAGCGGAGAGUUCUGUGAUAGGAUUCUUUGAUCCAUGCUUUUACUUGUUUUCAGAGCAAUAUAAGCUAGAUCGGAAUCCCUCUGAACCUCUCUCUGGCCUCAGUCAUUUAAAACAUGCCCAUGGUAGUAAAGAUGGGUUCUUGAUUUCUGCCCUUUUUCUUUCACAGCAGCCAAACCCCCCCAAACAGUCAAGAGCUUGCUGACACCAGGUAUCAUUGUGCAUGUGUGAAACUUGCCGUAAACAUGUCAAUGGCAGAUAAUAGAGGAAAUAUCUUUUUCCCCAUUAUAUACGUUUAGUGGUCAUUCUUGUCUCUGAUCCUCAUUGAAAAGUCUUCUUAAGAGUUGCCCUUUUUAGGUAUGAACCGUUUUUCCUACCAGGUUUUGUCAACCUUAGUCUGCAGAAUCUUUUCUUUUCCUUUACUUAUCCAGUCUCUCCAGUUCACGACCUUUUAUUGCUAGUGGCUUUAGUACCUGCCAAAGGAAGGAGCACUGCCAAGACUGGUUACAGAUACUUUGAAUCUGUUAAGUCUUCGUUUGCUGCUUGACCAGCUUGUUUCCUCUGAUAGGAACUCCAGGGUUUGUUUUUGUUUUUUGGGCAAACAGGAGUGUAAUAUUCAGGCUUCUAGGGUCAGCAAACAACUUUUUGUUGUUUUUUAAUAUCUCAUUUUCUGUCAAAGCUAUUGGAAUGCUCAGUUGAUCCCUGGCACAAUUCUGGCAAGGAAUCCAAAGUUUAAUUAAAAAGAGAAAAACCAACUCAUUUCUUAUUGGUAUCCCAUUUACAAAGACCAUGCAAAUUCCAUUUAAUUUUUGGAUUGUCCCCAGUUAAAAUAAAUGCUACAAUAUUUACCUGAAGUUUCUUCAGGUUUGCAUAGUCUCUGUUCAAACAACUAUUACAUAAAAGUUGGGGCUGUUAAAUUAUUAACAUGGGGGAAUCACUGGGCAUAACAUUUGUCACGUUUAAGGCAGUUUUUCUACUUGACUAUAUCAUUUUCAUUGAUGGAGUUUUGUGAUUCUAAACCUGCAGUUCCAAUUUCUCAGCAUACGUUUGCUGGGUGAAAUCAGGGAUCUUGCCUCAGGUGGCUGAUUGAAAUUGCAGCAUAGUAACAAUAUUGUGUUAGUAGAGCGAGGGGAGACUUCAGUAAGAAAUGAUUCUCUAACAAUCACUGAUUUUUUUUCCUCCGUUCGUCCUCUCUCCAAUUGUUUGAUAUUAGGAUUUGAUAAUUAAGGCCUAGGUGACUUGCUGGGGCAUGUUGGAUAGGAGUCACUCUGAUUUGCUGUGCUGUGCUUUGUCAUUAAUUCAUGUCAUUUAGCUUAUGAAAAUGAUAGAAAACAAAAGGUUUCUUGGUGAAACCAGCGAGUUUAACCCCUCUGAAUACAGUUUCUACCCUGUCAAAUUGGUUAGGUUUUUGAACAUAAUUGUCUCUGAAACAUCAGCAUAAACCUAGGGUCAAGUAAAUUCGACUUCCCAAUGAACAGGAAAGACUGAUUAGGGGUUGAGAAAUGAUGGCUUUUUCUAGCACUGUUCUCUCUCACAAUGAUCAACUAAGCUGCAUUUCUGCUGAGCAUUUAAAAAAAAAAAAGGCACUUUUCCACAAGAGAACAUUUGAAAAAUGCAGUGGUUCUGUUUAGAGGCAAGUGAAUUUAAUCUGUUUAGUUGUUUCUUCUGAGUUCCCAUGUUCCUGCCUUUUGCCUUUCAGGUUUAGUUAGAAAAUUGAAGACCAGUCAUAGCUUGUAGUUCCAGGGGCUUGGUUCUUUAAAUACAUUUGCCAUUUCUCAGAAAAUACAUAUUACAAGGUACUGUUAGCAAAGGACACUGCAGCAUCAAGUAAGGAUUUUCGUGAGUAGCAGGAGAGCUUUUAGAGAUUCACUUAAGGCAUUUAAGUAUGGUAACAAUUUCACCUUUUGCAAAGAUGGUGGGGUUUCUGGCCUUGACUCCAGUCAACAUACACCUAAUGUUUUACCUAAUACUUGCACUUAGUGUUAACAUUGUUCUGCGGUACAGUCUCUGGAGCCAGCUGAUCUUUACAUUACUAAUUGAGUGAAUGAAGUGACUUGUUUGUUGUCAAGCAAAUGCCUUUUGCGGCUAAGCCAUUAGAAAGCUGGCACUUCCUCUAUAACCAACCAAACGACUGGCUAGGAGGGGUUCACUGUAAGUACACAUGUCUGGAACCCCUUAAAGGGGAGAGAUGUGGACUGCAAGUUUGGGUCACAGAUCAGAGGGUGCAGGCCCUAGUUCAUGUUGCAGGUUGGAUGUUGCUCUAGUGUGAAGCAGAUGCCUCCUGCUGCUGUGCUAAAGAACAUAAAUCAUGGUUUAAAUUGGAAGCAAGCUUUAGAAACAUGUUGCAAAAGGGGAGUUCUUACCUGUAACUGCAGUCAGACAAGUAGGCUACGCUGUGGUGGUUCCCCCUUAGAUGCAACUAGCCUGUUGCUGAGUCUGUCUUAAGCCCUCACAAUAUGAACCAUGUGACAAUGGUGGCAAGCCAGGUAUUGUUUCAUGGUCUGGAUGUGAGAUUUUGUGCCACUUGUUAGUAGCACAGAGCAGCACAACUCACUUACAAAAUGACAAGUGUUUUCAGGUCUGAAUUCAGUUGUCACAAGUGACUUUUCCUGUUCAUGCUGCAUCAGAUUCUACCCCUUUAAAUGCAGGUUUAAAAUUCUCUUGCAGUUCAUGGUAUGUGUGUGGCUAUCAGGGUCUAAGUUUGGCAAUGUGUAAAUAGUCUCACUAAUUUGUGUGACUGUAGAAAAGCAAGCCCUUCACAAAUACUGAGCAGAAAUCCAUUGAAAGAGUAAAUUUUGUUUCACUCUCUUCCCCCCCCCCCCAAUCCCCAUAGGCGUUUAAGCAUCGUUCAGUAUAUCCCAAUGGGCCUUUCUCUGUAUACACAGAUUGAUCUGGCUCAAAAACUGAGUCUCUCCAAUAUGGGGCCAAACUCUGAUCAACCCAGACAGUGGAUAUGUACUUCCCAGAGAUGAACUUUCUGUGGCCUGGGCCCAUCCAUAGCUUUAAGGCGUCUUACGCUUCCUUUUAAUAAAUCUUGCUCCACAGCUGCCCUGUGCCACACACUGACCCAAGGCAUGAGCAAUUUCUUGCUGUCUCUCCAUCAGUUCUGAUAGAGGGGCAAUUUGGAAAGUUGUGACUCUCUUGAAAUGGCACCAGCAAAUCCAGGCAAGCACUGUUUAGCUCUGAUUUUUAUAUAUAGUCUUAAAAAGGUGUAGCGGGGUGUAUGUGUCUCUGUUCUCUCAUCAGGAUUUAACUGAUGCAAUAAACUUAGGAGGCUUAAGAAAAUAAAAAAUUAUGGCCUUCUCAAGUAAUCAUUUUAAAACAAAAGCUUUCCAGGUCUGCUCCAUUUCAUAAAGCAGUCAGUUCCUUCUUUUACUAUUGAUAGUUACCAGAGGGUAAAUUGUGCUAUGUUUAUACUUAAGUUCCUUGACAAAAUCAUUUUGUUAUCACAAUAUGUGAUAGUUGUGAUAGAGGGAAGAAAAGAGAUGGAACAAAAAAACCAAAAACUAGGAAAAGUUCAGCGAGGGUUUAGGUUGUGUGAAUGUGCAGUUUGUCCAUCAAUGAGUUAAUUCAUUGGCCUUUCACCUCUGGAAACAUGACUUCAGUGCCAAAUGCAACUUGGUGGCCUCCAUCACAAACCUUUGUCUGCAUCACUAAAACACUGUGCACACAUUGGCAUAAAUGGAAGGCCCUGUGGAGGUAGAGCUGGCAGUGUUGUAGAAGGAGCUCUGUGGUGGUCUUUUUGCAUAGCCUGUCCACACUUACAUACUUGUUUAGGACUUGGUUCUGCAAAUACUUGUGUGUGAAGGGUUCAGUUCAAUUCAGUGGGAUGAUUUGUGUAUGUUUGCAGGAUUGGGGCCUUAAUCCAGUUUACCCAUGUAACUCAAGAAAUGAUGCAAAAUUAAAAGAAAAUGGGCUGCAGACUAUUAAAUGGAAACUUUGUCUUCAAUGGGUGGUGCUUUUGACUGUGUGUGUUUGUGUGCGUGCACACGUGCAAAACUGUGGGCCCAGAUUCUGAGUUUUAUUUAACAAGCUGUUUUGAUGUUCAGCUGCCUUAAACACUACAAGGUAGGGAGACAGUCUUCUUCCUUUUUGGUUUUAACCAGAUUUUUUUUUAUUUUUAUUAUUUUUUUUACUAUAAACAACUGAAGGUCAUUCAAGAAGGGAAAUAACUUUUUUUUUUUUUUCAGGAGAAAAAUUACAAGUAUUUGCCAAGUACACUUCUGAUCAUGUGAAACUGGGCACCUCCAGAAUAUUUUGGUCUUUUGGGAAUAUAUGAAGGUUUAAAUAAAUAUUGAUAUUUUAAAUGUAUUUUUGUCACUUUUUUUUUUAAAUUUUGGUUGGAAGGAAUAAUAGACCAUUAUUGAUAAAUACCUGCUGGACACUAUAGUUUUGGCAGGAGGUAUAUGUUAUAUAGAAAUAUUCACAAUUAACAGUAUUAGUUUGGGGUUAAGACAGACGGUGCUUAUCAAAAUCGCAGCUUUUUGAAUAACUCCUUCUUGCUUAAACUAUAACACCAAAAAACAUAAAAAUCAAGGGUGAUUGUGUCCUCCUGGACCUGGAUUGCUGAGGCCCUAAACUUACACUGUGGUACAGUGAGACACUUAGGUCAAUAGUUGCAUUGGGGACAAGGUUCUACCUACACAGAUUGCAGGAUCUGAGCCAGUCAUCCACAGCGUACGACUCCGUGAUGCUGGUUUUGUUAUGCAACCAUGAAGGCGUUACAGUAUUUCAUCUCUUUCAUGGGUGGAGAUUGGACAACAUUGUCCUUUCAUUCUACUUCCUAUGUGCCUGCAUCCAUGGUCCCUUUAACAUUCAGGGAAGUUUAUGCCAUGAGGCAAGUCAAUGUUGCCAUGACAUUUAACUUCUGCCAGCAUAUUUUUAGGAAUUCAUCCCUUUUGUUGCUCUGCGCAUGACACCAUGAAUGGAAAUAUUGCUGCCUAGGUGCCCAACCAGUGUACUGUAUUUUUGACUUUUGUAAAAUCAGUUUCUAGAAACUAUUUUCAUACUCUGGUCACCCUCACGUCACCUCCCAUACCAGGAUAAACCAAAAUGAAAGCUGUGAAGACUUGUCGUUGUGUAUGAAUUAGCAAAUGGAUGAUGUACAGAUUGGAGUUUUUUUUCCUACACUCCCACCAAAUGUAACUUUUUUGCUUUCCUUGUUAAGCUCACAGGAUAUAAAAUGUCUUUGAUUUCAGGUGCUGGCAUGUUUCUAUUCCUUUUCAUUUAGCCCUGUAUAAACAUACUCUGUGCAUUGUUACUAUGGAACUAGUAUUGAUAAAAACACUUUGAGGUAAACUCUUUGUAAUGCUUGAUUAUUAGUGUGUACAUUUUUGUAAAGACAGUUUCUUUACCUCAAUUAAUUUAAAGGAAUGGACCAAUAAAUGUAUUAAAGGGUGACUUCUUUACCUAA